AUGCAGUUCACCACCGCUCUCUCCAUCUUGGCCAUCGCCACCACCGCCGUGGCCAUCCCCGCCGCCCAGGACAGCACCGCGUCUCUUGAGUCUCAGGUGAAGGAGGUGGCCGCUCAGCGAGGCACCUCUGAUGGCACCAUCAGCACCGUCACAGAGGCGCAAUGCGUUCCUCCCAUUCUGUGCUGUGGCUCCCUGACCACCCCUCUUGACCCUCUUGUCGACCCUAUCCUCUUGGACCUGGGUAUCGAUGCUUCCAACAUUGUUGGCUCCAUCGGUCUUCUUUGCAAGGACUACGACGACAGCUGCACGUCGGAACCUCAGUGCUGCACUGAGAUCAACCUCUUGAACGGUCUUGUGGCUCUCGGAUGCUCUACCCUGGAGCAGUAA